AUGAAUCAACUCACACCGGCCCAAGGCAAAACAUUAUGGGAAGCCGGAGGGUUCGUAGUCUUGACAGAUCUACCUGAAGGAAGUGAAUUUGGUAUUGACGGCGUAUUCAAUGUCAUUCGUAAAUUCAGUGGCAUCAAAUUCCUUCCACCAGGAUUACAUCUGAUAACAUGGUCUUCUAUCCCGUCCUCUUCUUCUACUUCGUCAUCUUCCUCUUCUUCCUCGGUGACAGUCUCAUCUCCUCAGGGGGGUGUACCGAUUCGAAAUGGUCUCAUUAGAUUUUUCUCACCCAGACAAAGGGUAUUAUUGAGAUAUGAUCCUUCGAGCGAAGAAGUGAAUGAUGUAAAAGGUGAAAUAACGGAUGAUAAGUUGAGAUCGAUAGACGUCGAAUUAGCUCCAUAUCCAUUCGAUCAUCACCCUCAAUGGAAAUCUUUGACUUCAUGCAUAACUCAGGAGACUGUAGAUACAGUGUUAGGUGAAGAUGGAAAAAGGAUAGGGAGAGUAGACGGUAUGACCAACGUCAUAGGAGAAGAAGAAGAUUCGAAAGAAAUGAAAAUUGAAUUAACUAAUCUACCCUCAAAAUAUAAAUCACAAGACGGUUUAAAUUUUGUGAGAUUCAAUUUGAGAAGGAGUUGGAGAAGUGGUGCGAUAGGUGAAGAAGUGACUAAAUUCUCCAAAGAUAAAAGUUGGCUGCUUGGUGAUGUAAUAACCAAUCAACUAGGAGGAAAUCCGACAAAAUUGAUAUCACAAUUACAGUUAUCAUUCAUCUUACUAUUGAACCUCUCAUCUUAUUCUGCUUUAUUGGUCUACAAGAGAAUAUUGAAUUUGUUGUGUCAAUCGCCAACUUUCAUUUCAUCGCCAGAUACCUACCUUGAUACAUCGACAUCAUCAUCGUCGUCCCCAAAGCACGUUCAAAACACUUACCGAGCAUUGAUCGACACGUUGGCAGCUCAGAUAUCAUCAAUACCGGAAGGGACUUUCGACACUGAAUUACCUGAAUUAGAUGUCUUCUACCUUGAUCAAAUAGAGACAGUGAAACGGAGCCUGGCGAUAGCCAUGUGGGGAUUGAACGGUACUCAGAAAUGGGAUGAGAUGAUCAAAAAGGACAUGCAAGUAUCUUGGGGGAAAUUGGAGGAAUCAAGUAAGAAAUGGGGUUGGGAAAUUGGUGAUUUAACGAUAUCAAGUUCUGGCUUUAAUGGAGAAGAAGAAGAUGGUGAUAAUGAAGAAGAGGAAGAAGGAGAAUAUGCUCCUGUCAUAGUAGAAAUAUAA